AAUAAAAGCACACUCAUACUGAGUGUGUUUUUGGUCAACACACUGUUGACUAAAAAACAGUCACGUUUGAACUAAUAGAAAGGUAGCAUAAUAAUGUCGUAUGUGUCCUAGGCUUUAGGCGAUAUUCCUUGGCCAGGGACUGGAGUUGCAAUUGCAACCGCCCUGUCUGUUUUUCAGACAGGGAUGAGUCGGACAACACAUUGUAGUCGCUGAUUGGCCAGACAUACUGCCAUUCCAAGCUUCAGUCCGUACGAUUCCGCAUCAGCCCUACGCCAUCAUCAUCUGUACGCACGGCGACUGGGGCUUAUGAGUAGUAGGGUCGGGCAUGCCACUGUUAUUUUCUCAAUGUAAAAAUCGCUACCUCAGAGAAGAAAAAUCCAUCGAUGCCUUUCCUACCAACCUCAUUUUGGGAAACCCGAUGGAUUAGCCCACCGUGUCACUGUGGCCACCAUGCACUGUAAGUGAGACAAUGUGGAAGGAGUAAAGGCCCGGAAUCCUUGACACUACAGCGUACAGUCGACAGUGGAGAAUGGGCUGUGUCCAAUGCAAGGAUAAAGAAGCAGCUAAACUCACUGAUGAACCGCGGGAGCCUACAAGCCUGCCACAGAACGUGGGCUAUCUCUACGGGGCGGACCCCACUCCGCAGCACUACCCAAGCUUUGGGGUCACCGCCAUCCCAAACUACAACAACUUCCAUGGCGGCGCCACGCAAGGGGUGACUGUGUUCGGGGGAGUUCACACAUCCUCCCAGUCUGGCACACUCCGGUCCAGGGGAGGCACGGGGGUGACUCUGUUCGUGGCUCUGUACGACUAUGAGGCCCGCACGGAGGAUGACCUCAGCUUCAGGAAAGGGGAGAAGUUCCAGAUCCUCAACAGCAUUGAGGGGGACUGGUGGGAAGCUCGCUCUCUCACUACAGGAGGAACUGGUUACAUUCCCAGUAAUUAUGUGGCUCCAGUGGACUCUAUCCAAGCGGAGGACUGGUACUUUGGUAAACUGGGUCGAAAGGACGCAGAGAGGCAGCUCCUCUCCAAUGGAAACCCCAGAGGCACCUUCCUCAUCCGAGAGAGCGAAACCACCAAAGGGGCCUUCUCCUUGUCCAUCCAGGACUGGGAUGACAUCAAGGGAGACCACGUGAAGCACUACAAGAUCCGCAAGCUGGACAGUGGAGGCUACUACAUCACCACCCGUGCCCAGUUUGAGACCCUGCAGCAGCUAGUGCAGCACUACUCUGCCAGAGCAGCAGGGCUGUGCUGCCGGCUGAUCGUGCCGUGUCACAAAGGCAUGCCUCGGCUGGCUGACCUGUCCGUCAAAACCAAAGACAAGUGGGAGAUCCCGAGGGAGUCGCUGCAGCUUAUCAAGCGCCUCGGCAACGGCCAGUUCGGCGAGGUCUGGAUGGGCACGUGGAACGGGACCACCAAGGUGGCGGUGAAGACCCUGAAGCCGGGGACCAUGUCCCCCGAGUCCUUCCUGGAGGAGGCCCAGAUCAUGAAGAAGCUCCGCCACGACAAGCUGGUGCAGCUGUACGCUGUUGUGUCUGAGGAGCCCAUCUACAUCAUCACCGAAUACAUGAGCAAAGGGAGUUUGCUCGACUUCCUUAAAGACGGUGAGGGGCGGAGCCUGAAGCUGCCCAACCUAGUGGACAUGGCUGCACAGGUGGCGGCGGGCAUGGCGUACAUCGAGCGGAUGAACUACAUCCACCGGGACCUGCGCUCGGCCAACAUCCUGGUGGGGGACAGCCUGGUGUGCAAGAUCGCCGACUUCGGCCUGGCGAGGCUCAUAGAGGACAACGAGUACACGGCCAGACAAGGGGCCAAGUUUCCCAUCAAGUGGACGGCGCCGGAGGCCGCUCUCUACGGGAAGUUCACCAUCAAGUCGGACGUGUGGUCCUUUGGCAUCCUGCUCACCGAGCUGGUCACCAAGGGUCGAGUCCCGUACCCAGGCAUGAACAACCGGGAGGUGUUGGAGCAGGUGGAGCGCGGCUACAGGAUGCCCUGCCCCCAGGACUGCCCCAUCUCCCUGCACGAGCUCAUGGUCCAGUGCUGGAAGAAGGACCCCGAGGAGCGACCCACGUUCGAGUACCUGCAGGCCUUUUUGGAGGACUACUUCACUGCCACCGAGCCUCAGUAUCAGCCAGGGGAUAACCUCUGAGCGGCCAUCCCGCCGUCAUCCCCUGUGUGUGUGUGUGUGUGUGUGUGUGUGUGUGUGUGUGUGUGUGUGUGUGUGUGUGUGUGUGCGUGUGCGUGUGCGUGUGCAUGUAUGCGUGUGUGUUAUCCUCAUCCUGAGCACCAGGGGGAGACAAACAAUCAAUCACCACAACUCUGGCGCAAACGAUUGAGAAAUUCGAUAGACUUGACAUUCUUCACAUACACAAGGAAGGACUGGGGGGAAGGGGGGAGUGACGGCAGCAACAGCAACACCAGGAGAGAAAGACUGACUCAAUAUCCACCCUGUCACCCUUUCGGUCUGCUUCUGGAAAGUUCCAGCGUUUAAGACGAUACUGUGCACCGAGCCAGCUGUCUAACUACGCGGGCAGUCGUGGCUGAGGAACUCUGAAGGAUUGGUGUGUGGAUGAGACAUAUUGUGAUGUGUACCUUGUAUGUACUGUAAAUAUGAAUGCUUGUUUACUGACCCCCAGUUAUUUUAUUUUGUUUUAUUUGUUUUUAUUAUGUUUUGGAAAGGUGUGGAUUCUUCUUGAUACAAAGGCAAAUCUUAGUUUGGAAUUAUGGGUUGUAUGAAGGACAAAUAAUUGCGUGAGCUCACAGUCAAGAAAUUGUGAAAUAGGCAUAAUUGUAGGGACUUUAAUCGUUUGCCAUUGUGGACAACAAUACUUAAACAAUUUUCUGACGGUCCCCUGCGGACAUUUUUUUUUUACCGGGUUAAUACAAUUGCUAGCCUCUUCUCAAGGCCUGUUUUUGCCUUUUUAUGUUUAGUAAUAUUCUUAUAAUGUAGGGGAAUGCCUUCAUGCUUUCUAUACACUAACUGAACGCCUAUAGCAUCAAGGACACCUCCUUCCACUAGACUUGUACGGCAUCUGUGCAUCCAUCGUAUUUGUGCUUGAGCCAAUCAUUUUUGAGCCAGCUUAAAUUAUCGUUUGGGUCAUUUUUGGCUUCUUGCAAACAUUGUUUGGCUGAAUUGCUUAUUGAAAACGAUCCGUUUAAAAUGUAGGCCAACGUUGCAAUACUGUAUGGCAGCGGGCUGUUUAAGAAUUAUGCUUUGACACAUAGGCCUACACGUCUUUUUAGCUUCUAAGGCCAAACUAAAUCAACUGCCAUUACCAUGACUAAAAUGAAGAAUGAUUCGUACAUAAUAACUGUCCCUCCGCAAUGUGUAUGAGGGGGAAGAACAUGUUGAUUAUGAGACCAAAAGUGUUUAGUUUAAGUUACUUUUUUGUUUUGUUUUUGCCAUCCAUGUAGGCCUACGUCGAUAAGCAUAGGUAGAUUGCAAUUGCAGUGGUAGUAUAUAUAACCCUGCCUGACUGAAUGACGAGGUAUAUUCCAAGAGAGGUCACCGGUUCCUUGUGUGUAGUUUUUUUUUAUAUUUAAUUUGAUUAUGAGUAUGAACGAGUGAGGGUAAAAAUUAAUUAUUUUUUUGUUUCUCCUUCUCCUCCAUUCAGUAGAUAUAGGCCUACAGUACAUCAUCUUGGUCAUUAUUUAUUGUCUGUUUAUUGUACACAACUGGUUUUCAAAUAAACAAUCUUGCCACCACACAUAACUGUUGACCAAUCUAUCCAUUUGAUUUGAAACGUGAGUUCACAUGAAAUGUACAACUUGCCGAGAAUAAUAUGCAAAUUCAUACGAGUGUAUUGCUUGACGCAAAUGUAAGGGUAAAACAAAGAGUAAAGACGAGCAUGUGUCUCAGGUUGUUGCCUUGGGCAACACCUGAGACACAAAGACGUUACUGAAGCGUUAUGGAACUUCAGUUAUAUGCAAAUAAUCAUUCAGACGUCAUACCCUAAUGAGCAGAUCCUUACA